AUGGAAGUGUUGCGGGAUGGGGAAGGGGAAACCCUCAAAUAUAAACCUGGGGGUCGUUUGGACAUGAACCACGGUUUCCUACACCACAUUCGAAGAAACCAGAUUGCCAGGGAUGAUUAUGAUAAGGAAGUAAAACAAGCUAAGGAGCAGCAGAGACGCCGACACACAGUCACCCCCCGCCGUCCACGGAGACCAGACCUGCAGGUUUACCACCCCCGCCACCGCAAUGGCUUGGAGCAAAGCGCUGCCGUGGAGACAGAGGAGUGGAACGAAAGCAGCUCAAGCACCGAGCAGGAGAGUCCAGGUACGGAGCAGGAGAGUCCAGGCACGGAGCUGUUCUGGCUUGACUACCAGGCAGACAGUGGACACAUCACCUCCUUUAUGGUUUACAAGGAGGACAAGGCUGAGAGUGUGGUGGAGCGGGUGGCAGAGGAGAAUGUUCUAGAUUCGCCUAUGAGAGCUGCACUGAAGGCACGAGUACAGCAAGAGAUAGACAAGCGUGGAGACAAGCGCUGAGAACGGCGACAGAUCUGGAGGAAGACCACACAGGAAGUGGGGUGGAAACUGUGACAGAAGAAGUACUGCAUCCAGAAAUUGACAAGACACUGAGACAGUUCAUAGACUGCACUGAGACAGUAGUGAGACUAUAAUGAGACAACACAGACUGUGUAUGGUUAGAAUAUUGAGACUGAGGUGGCUUUGAGAUAGUUUGUCUCCAUACAAUUUUGGGCUGAAAUGAAAGCAAAAAACAGAGACUUUGUUUCACGUGAUGGCCACUCUCCUGCCCUGGGCCCAGGCUUGUCCAGAGCACAUCCUCUGAUUCUGUUUCCCCAACAUGUUCGUCAACAAGUGCUUACAGAAGAUAAAGGCACAUUCAGGGUAACUAAACAGUUGGGAAAAAAAUCCUGCCAAGAGUCAGAUCCAUUUUAGUGCAGUGCUGAAUAAGGAUAAUGGGAUAGCUCGGCAACAGUCAGACAUUUACAUAAUUCCAUUUGAGUGUAAACAGCUCUGGUCAAAAGAAAUUUGUGAACAGGUUUGAGGGGAAACAGUUCUGGUGCAACAUCGAGGGGUAAGAUGUUGCCGUGGUUACAGUACAAAUCCUGAAGGAGACACAGGAAAAGGCUUGUGUUUUAAAGAAUGACACGUUGCCAUUUCAGGCUGAAAUGAGAGCAGGCUGAAUUGUACCAGCUGUUUUAAUUCAUAUGUUUGAUUCUUUUCCUGACUGGACUGACAGGGUUGUGUAGC